UUGGCCUCGUGUAUUUAAUUCGAAACACUCACAAGUCACAACAGACAAGUAGUAGUAGAAGCACUGUCUCUGUCUCCCCCGCCCUCAUAUCACUGAUCUCUCCUCUUUCCAUUUUUGUUUGUAAAUUCAUAGAUUCCAGAAUCCCUCUUCCUUUUUUUAAAAAUUCUGCAGACUGCCCAACUAAUUAUUAAGGUUACGCUUACACAAUGGAGGAGGAUGAUGUAGCAUGUUGUGAACCAAAGUUUUGGGUGUACCUAACAUUGUGUUUGGUGCUUUUGACGUUUGCCUUUCUCACGUCUGGCCUAAGUCUUGGGCUCUUCUCCUACAGUCAAGUUGAUCUCGAAGUCCUUGUAAAAGCCGGUUUGCCUCAUCAGAGGAAAAAUGCAGGUCAGAUUCUGCAAAAAGAUUCCACAGAUUUUGCUUUUAUUCAAUAACAGUACUGCUCAUAACUUCCUUGGUGGCCGGCCUGAUUUUGUUUCCUUAUAUAUGUACCGCAGCAAGUAUCUUGCCUCUUGUUAAAAAUCAGUAUUUGCUCCUGUGUACCCUUUUGAUAGCCAAAUCACUGGCUCUUGAGGCUCUUCCUAUCUUCUUGGACAGAAUUAUUCCCUUUUGGGCUGCCAUUCUUAUCUCUGUCACUAUUGUGUUAUCGUUUGCUGAGGUCAUUCCUCAAGCGGUGUGCUCCCGGUAUGGAUUAAGUUUCAGUGCAAAAUUUGUGCUGUUUGUCCGCCUCCUCCAACUGAUUAUGUUCCCUGUAUCAUACCCUGUUAGCAAGGUAGCAGUCACUGUCUACAUCACUUCUCUACUACUAGAUAAUUUGACUUUUUACGUGCAGAGGAUAGAUACACUUUUAGUCGGAAUAUGUGAAAAAAUAGAUCAUUGGUGUUUUGGACUUAUGAGAUUGCAGCUACUGGAUUGGCUCCUAGGAAAGGACUCUUCUACAUUUUUAGGACGAGGACAGUUAAGGACGCUGGUGGAUUUAUUGUCCGUUAAGGCAGGUAGAGGCGGGGAGCUGACUGAUGAUGAAACUACUAUUAUAACUGGAGCUUUGGAUAUGACAGAAAAGACUGCCAAAGAUGCCAUGACGCCCAUAUCCAAAACUUUUUCCCUUGAUAUAACUGCCGUACUUGACAUGCAUACAAUGGGAUUAAUAAUGAGUAAGGGACAUAGUCGAGUACCCUUUUAUUCGGGCAAUCCCAAAAAUAUAAUUGGCCUUGUUUUGGUGAAAAACUUGAUAUUCUGCGAUCCCGAAGAGAAAGUUCCACUUCAACAUAUCACUUUGCGAAGAAUUCCCAGGGUCUAUGAUAAUUGGCCCUUGUAUGAUGUCCUGAAAUUGUUUCAGAAAGGUCACAGCCACAUGGCUGUCGUGGUUCGGUCCCAUGAGCAUGGAAAUGGUGAAAUCAAGGUAAAACAAACAACUCAGUUCAGAGAUAUUGCAAGCCAAUCGAAUUCGCCACUUUCUACAACACAAGUUAAAGGGGAUAAUUCUCCAUUUCGUCAGGGAGAACCUUUAACCGACAGUUUAAAUCCUACUGAUAUUGAAGCACAAAUUAACACUUUCCAUAAUGUUGGGACGCCGACGCCAUGUAGUAAUCUGUCAGAUCAGUCCAGCAAAUGGGAGGAGGAAGUUGGGAACAUAUCACCUGAUGAAUUGGAAUCUCUGAAAGACAAAUACACAGACGAGGAAGUAAUUGGCAUCAUAACAAUGGAGGAUGUUAUGGAAGAACUCCUCCAGGAAGAAAUUUUGGAUGAAACUGAUCUUAAUGUCCUUCACAAGAUCAGGAUGCACCAUCUACCCUGGACCAUAAAAUCAACAGCUUCAUCUCCUGGAUGGAGUACAGGUUCUCAAAUUCAAUGGAAAACUCCGGCGACGUCCGAUUUCUCUUCGUAUUACAAUACCCCCAUCUUGCAUUCUCCAAUGUCGCCACAUUCUCCAUCUACAUUGAUGAGACCAACAGCAUUUCCUUGUUCGCCUGGAAAAUCGAAUUUGGGAUCUCCAUCAGGUUUUCAAAUUCGGUGGAGCACUCCGUCGUCUUCCUUCUCUUCGGGAUCGUAUAAUACUACUCCCGUCCUGAAUUCCCCAAUGUCCCCAUAUGUCCCAUCUCCACUCACAAGACCAACAUUACAAGCUUCUCCUCGAAAAUCCAAUUUGGGAUCUCCAUCAUCAGCUUCUUGGUACGCUGUUUUGCCGCUUUCACCUUCCAAGCAGGUUUCAAGAAAAUCAUAUGAGAAGUUGAGGAAUGCUGGCAUCUCAUAAAGCCUAAAUUUUCGAGCAAGGUGUAGGUUGUUUUAAAAGCGAGCUGUUGCGCUUUUUAUCUCGACAAAACCCAAGAGAUAAUGAAGAUUGAAAAGUGGCAGAGGCAUAUGGCGCCUGUGAUUAAUUAUUGUCUACCAUAAACUGGAAAGAAGUUUAUUUUCAUAAAACAAAAGUCUGUGUUAUAGUUCUAGUUACUGGUACUGCAAUUGUAUUUAAUUUCGUCCAUGAUCAUCCAAUCUUAGAUGACCAAAUAUGGCACUGGCCUAAAUGUGGCAAAAAAAUAAAAAAAUAAAAAAUAAAAAAUCACAUAUUCUACAGUUACUUGGAGAAGUAACAUUUACAAUGGAACCAGAGAUUUUCUAUGAAAACUUCUAAGUUCUAUUUAGCAAACACUAGCCUAACUCAGGUGGAUUUCUUUCGCGAGAGACAUUUCCUAGCAGACAUUUAAGAAAUUUUUUCAAGUAUUUUUUUUUAAUUUUUUUUAUGUAU